AACUCUCUUAUAUGGCAAGAAAGAUCUAUACUAUGGAUUUGCCGUCACCGGACUGAGUGAAUGAGCGCAUGAAGGAAUGCUUUCAAAAGCGGUAAAAAGAUACCAUAUUUGAUACUCACCUAGAUGGACAACCAGCCAUUUGAAUUCGUCUGGUGUUCUUCCUCCUUAACGCACAAAUAGGCAUUUGGUCAUUCGGGUUCUAUCUGGUGCUCUUUUUUCUAAACGCACAAAUAGACAUUUAGUCAUUCGGAGAUGGAUUGAUUAAAACCUAGCUAUAUAUUAUGGGUGUGGCCAGCUCGUCAUCCUACUACGAACAAUUAAAGGAUUAUGUGCUUAGAAGGUUGUUCGACGAGUCCAUACAGAAGAUCUACGUGGAGGCAUGGAACGGAGUCGGGGCAACCGCUUUACUCCGAGAGGUGGCGGAAGCGGUCGAGACGUCGGAGAAGCGCGAGUUUGAGACGGUGAUCAAGGUGGUGCAGCCGGCACUGUUCAGGAACCCCAGGGAGAUCCAGAGGGCGGUGGCGAAGCAGCUGAAUCUACCUCCUUCGGUGACGGCCCCGUUGGACGCGGAAGACGAAGACGACGACUUCAAGGGGAAGGAGUUCAGCUCAAGAUACCUGCUCUGGCAGGUCGCAGACGAGAUCUACCAAGCUGUGAGGGAUCGUAGUGUGCUGCUCGUCCUUUGCAAUAAUCUUGCGGACGCCGAGUUAAGCCAGCCUAAACAAUGGCCUGUUUCUAUCAUGAGGAGGGGGAGCCGCAAUGCGGUCUUGUGGACCUCCGGGAUGAAUAUUAGCGGGGAAGCUGCGCCAGCAAACGCGGAUUUGAUCUUAAGGAUUGAGCCACCAGACGAAGAAGCUGCAGUUUAUCUUGUGUACAAGGAGGCCGUCGAGAUUGCCCGUUACAUCGACGAGAGCAGCGGCGGGAGCUUGCAAACCACCCCGCUAAUAGUCCUCUGGUGCUUUUGGUAUUGCAUGCUGUUGUUGCGUAGAGCAGCAUUAAACCGAUCAGCACUACUACCCGAUGAUUGGCCGUGGGAAGCUGCUGUCAAAUAUUUUGUGUGCGACGGACUUUUACAAGGGGAUGCGGCGUGGGAGAUUGGGAAAGCACUCGCUCCGGUAAUCGGACCCAUAGCAAAAUAUCAACUGCGAUAUUGGCAGGAAGCCUUUUCCACAUGGACGCCGAGUGCGUCUGAGUUGUUGCCCCCCAAGACUUUAUUGAUCGACUCUAUCACACAUGGAGAUUGGAUAAAGUUGUCAUCAUCAUCAUCGGAGGAGGAGAGUUAUCGUUGGAUCUCAAUAUGCUCCCCUCAAAAUAAUAAUCCAGAGCCAUGGGAUUUCCUCUCCAAAUUAUAUGGUAGUUCAGUCGUGUCUGACGUUUCAUCAUUUUUUGGGCAUUUUGAGAAAACACUCAAAGCUCUACCAGACGGCUUCUUCGACCAUUUCAGCAACGUUCGAGUGCUGGACCUUCUCGGCUGCGUAGUAAGUCCUAUAGGACAUUCCUCCUUCCUUCGUCUUUGCAACCUGAGAAUGCUUAGGCUGGAGCAGUGCAAAGUAAAUCCUCUUGAUCAUCCUAAUUCUCAUUCGUCAGCACCGGAGGGACGACGAGAACCAAUACUUUUUGAUAACUUAUGGGUCUUGAAUUUAUACAACUCAAAUGCCGAUACGUUUCUUCUAGCAGGGAAAGCCUUUGAGCUCAUGCCUAAUCUCUUGGAGCUCGAUCUCAAAGAAGAAACUUCUCUCCUACACCUGAUAGCUCUGAAUGAACUUCGGGAGCGCAUGCACAAAUUGGAAGUUUUGAAACUAUCAGGGAACGUCAGUACUAACUUUUUGCCGAGGAGCCUAUCAAUGGCAAUCAGCCUCAAAGAGCUUAUUCUCAACAAUUGUAAGGGGUUAGAAUAUCUAAACCUCAGUCUCCCUGCAACAAUUGAAACAAUCAGCCUCCAAAGGUGCGCAUCGCUAAAAGAGGUGGAACUACUCGACCCUGCAGCAGCUCCUUUGCCCAACCUCACAACCUUCCGCCUCAGCGGCUCUAAGCUGAUCGCCGAGCUCUCCCUACAAGGAUGCCGUAAGUUGGAGAACAUAGACCUACAGGAAUUGAUGGGGCUCGAGGUGCUCGAUCUUUCAUGCACUGCUAUAAAAGUGGUGGAUAUCAGCAAACUCCCACAACUGAAGCAAUUAUUUCUCCUGGGAUGCGAGCAACUCCGUAGAGUAGUCUGUCUUCAUGAAACACAAAAGCUAGAUGUGCUGUACUUGGAUAACUAUAGUAGCGGCAGUGCUUGCAACGUCGAUCGGUGCCUUGAUUCCUUUCGAAAUCAAAGCUUACUUAAUUUUACUGAUGGAAUUAGUGAUGCUAAUCAAAGAUCAUUCCAAGCUCAUGUGGUCGUGAGGGAUGUUAGGCUCUUCCGGUCACUUGGUUAUGCCUUUCCUAAUUUAAGGAUAUCAAAAGCCCGCAGCCAUAUCCAUGUCAAGAGUUCUUCAACUAUUAAGAAAGGCAUUAAUGUUGACACUGUCACCAGAUUGAACACAAGUAUAACAUCAGCAUUAUAUUAUGUACAAGUUUUAGACAGAAUGAUAGAUCAUCGCCGUCGACAUCACCCACCGCCACCUGUAAUGCCCCUAAAUAAUCACAUAGAGUUUGAUGGAGGUCACGAUUAUCGAAUAGUUAGCGAAAAUGAAUUUAGACGUGUAAUGGAAUUUGCUCACUCUUUAUUUGUUCACGGCAACACGUCUAAUCUUACCAUGGACAUUGAAUUCGGAGAUCUCAAAUAUUUCCGCAUUGAGAGGUGCCCUAAUAUGAAGUUUAUCUUCCCUUGUUGGAAGGCGUAUGAUUAUUUGGUGGAAUUGGAGAGCAUAUGGCUCAGCGAACUUCCAAGGCUCAUUGCUUUAUUUAAAGGAGCGAAGAUCAAGCAAUUGAAGCAUAUUUACUUAGAGUUUUGUGCUAGGCUAGAAUAUGUAUUUCCCUCAUUGUCAGAGCUGCACAACUUAGAAAGAAUCAAUAUCCAUUAUUGCGGCAAUCUAACGGCCAUUUUUAUUGAUGAUGAUGAUAAUAAAGAUAAAAGAAGAGCUGCUCCAAUAAAGCUACUUCCGAAACUGAGGUCCAUCCAUCUGCAGGAGCUUCCGAAGCUACAACACAUAUACGAGCUAAACAUUUGUGCUCCAUCGCUGGAAGAGAUCAAGGUUAUGGGGUGUUUCAAGCUGAAAAAACUUCCUCUUUUCGGCCGGUCGGACGCUCGUUCAAUGAGAGCUGUGAAGAUUAGCUGCGAGAAGGAUUGGUGGGAUAAGCUACAAUGGGAUGGGUUAGAAUCCAACCACCACUCUUCUCUCUUCAACCCAAAACACUGUCCUUACUAUAAGAAGCCUAUGAAAGCUACAUAUUUAUGAAGCAUAGCUCUUCUCCAAUGUCCAUAUGCAAGGUGAACCAUCUCUCUCUCUCUCUCUCUCUCUCUCUCUCUCUCUCUCUCUCUCUCUCUAAAUAUGAAUUAUGUAUUUGUGUGUACGCACACGCGCGUGUGCUCGAUUGCGUGACUAUAUGUAUGUAUGUUUCCCGAGUUCUUCAUAUGCUUUUGAGAGAUAAGCUAGCCAUAGUACAGCAUGUCUUUUAUUUCCUAAUUAUUAUAGAUGUGAGCUUGUCUACGUGUGUAAAAAUAUUCUACACAUUUGAUUCCUUGAGACUUGAGUAAUGUAACUAUGCAAAUGUCCACUCGUGUGUUUGACUCUUUGAU